AAUAUCUAUAUGAAUGCGCAUAAUCUCAUUCCAGCAUUCCUUACACUCAAAACUCAAGCACCGCUGACCGCUGGAAGUAAUUGGACGCUUUGGAUUAAGUACACUGGAUUUGUGUGGGGCGUACCAAGUAAGGGUGUGUACACAAAUACCAACUACUUUGAAUUCAAUAACAAAAAAGCAUGGAUAUUUUCGACAUACUUCGAGUCUGGUCCAAGUGCACGCUCAUUGGUGCCGUGUUUUGAUGAGCCUGACUAUAAGGCUCGAUGGCAAAUGACACUCGAACAUCCCGCUGAUAUGAUAGCGCUCGGAAACAUGCCCGAUCAAGGAUUCACUAUUCAAGCAGAUGGUAACUAA